AAUCGAUGAAAAGCCCUAUUACAGAACUUGAAAAACACGAUUAAUAGAGUUGUACCAGUUUUUUUUUGACGCGAAGUGUACCUAUGUGAAACACAGAAAAUUGUAUCUCCAAGUGUCUCUGUCGAAUGUCGAGUAAACAAACUGUAUUAUUUUUAUACUUAGGCAAAAUAUUUUUAACAACUGAAAAAUACUAAAAGUUAACAUUAAGCACUCGAUAAAAUGCGUUGUACAUUAACCAAUAAUUGAAGUAGUAUCAAUUGAUAUUAAAUUUCAGAUUCGGAGCCUUUUAUGCAACUAGUUUCAUUUUAGUUUCCUUUGUUAUAUUGUGUAAAAAUUGUUAUAUGUAUUGUUAAAAAUCCUUUGGAUAUAAGUUGGUGACACGUCCGAGGAUAAAAUUUAUAGACUAGCAAAGAGAAAUUACCUAUCUCAAGUAUAAUUGUGGUAAACUGGCAAUUGCCCUUUGGAGACCAGACUCAGAACCAUAUAGUGUUCCUAUUUUUCUUUUCCCUUAUUUGUAUAAUUAUGGAAGUUAAGGUUGAAGUUAACAAGGAGUUUGAUGAAUAUGACCAAAGAUACGUCGCCACUCAGCUAUCCACAGAAUUAGAUCGCAUAGAAUUGAAGGAUGAAUCAGAUAAAUAUUCACUUGAGACAGGAAAUAAAAAUUAUUCAGAUGAGGAACACGGAAUAAAAAUUGUGAAAACACUUUCAUCUAAAGAAGAGGAAUCUAUAAGUCGACAUUCUGAAGAGAAAGCAGUAAAUGGAAAUGUAAAAAUUCAGACUAUACAAGGAUCUUGCAGAUGUAAACCGAGUGAUUUUAAAACACAUGUAGAACCCUACUGUUUUGAGGGCUACUUCUACCAAACGAGAGCCAUUCCUGUUCCAGCUGAAGAAAUACAAGCUAAAGAUCAUAUCACAGACCUAGACAAAAGCAAAAUAGUACCAAACCACGCUGAUUUUACCCCUGUAACUCCAAGUCCUGUAUUAUUAGAAACAAAGUAUGAGAUAUGUGCUCCACUGUUGAGAUACCCACUUACCUUAAAUAAGCUUCAUAAUGUAAGCACUUUCAUCCCUACCUCCUUUAACUACUUCCAAGUGGUACACUUCAUGGAUAAAUUGAUGUCUACUAACAUCGACUUCUUGAGAAUGGGUCUCCCUUGGCAUCCUCUACUAUCCAGACUCUAUUUCGCUGAGCUUUUCUUCAUUCAGACCCUACGUGCUAUGAGACAUGCUCGCAUUGGCUCAUCCUCCACGAGACAGUUCAUCGAACAGUUUCUGAAGGAUUAUCCACCUGAAAGCAUCCCCGUUCCCGGACCUCUGAUCCCAAUCCUACAAAGCAUCUCAACAUGCAGAUCAGAAAAUCAUAUGUACGGACUUAUUUCUCCUUCAAUUAGGAACGAUGUUGGAUAUGCCUGCGCCGCAGACUUACUCGAUAUUAAUUCAAAAGAUUUUAUCUUACCCAAUAUCCCUAUCAUCGCAGCUUUUCUUAACACAAUCAUCACCGCACCCGGAACUGCACCAGACUAUUCAGACCCAGCUACUUUUGACGACACCCAAGAGCACACCCUCGUAGGCCACCGUUUCGAAGCUAGAAACUGGCAGAUCUUAGAACGUCUCGUCCUUCUAUCGCCUGGAUUGAACCACACGAUGGAAUCAACCCCUGAUAUUGACGAAGAGAUGCGUUUUAGAGGACAAGAACUAGGAAUACCCUUCAUUGAACACGGAACCAACGUAAUGGGAUUCGAGCGUUAUAUGUUGAUGGACGAAGAUUCAAGUUGGUUCCAAAACGUCAUAGAGGUAAUGUCUAUAUACUGCGGAUUUUUCAAAGAGUCAGCAACUCUUGGAGCUUGUUCACCCCACGGGCCAAUUUGUGGACUGCUAAGAAGCAGACUCCAUGACUUGACUAGUCAAAACAUAGUUAACAACCUUGACCGCGCUUUUCCCGGCGAGUAUCCCUUCCAGCUCAUGUAUGAGCAUAGAAGCUACGAGGAAAAUUUCCCUCAGACCUAUUCUCUAAUGGGUCAACUUUCUUCAAUUAACACUUCAACCAAUUAUCCUGGUCUUGAAUAUUGGGGAGAUUUCAACAACUCCAGAACCGGAAGAUCCGGUCCUUACUGGAACCAGAAUCCUUCUGUCUCCCGCUCAGCGAAGGAAGAUUACAUCCAAGAAGUUGAGAACCUAAUCAGAACCCACUACUUCAAGGAGCAGCCUUAAAUUUUAACUCAAUUUUUGUAGAAUGUCCUCUGUUGACUUUGAUUUCCUGUUCAAUAAAAUGGGCCGUCUGCUAACGAAACGUGAUACCAAUAUGGGAAAGAUGAUUACCGUUCAAGAAAGAUUUUGCCAUUUUGCAGCUAGGGUGCAAAUCUCGUGACCAUACAUCUCGUAACGCGACAAUUCGUAACCGGACAAGUGGUAACGGACAACUCGUAACGGCGACAGUUCGUAACGAAUAAUUCGUAACAAAAUGGAAUUAUUCUGUUUAUUUUGUUAACGUGGAAACUAACUGUUAUUACAGUCAUAAUUAAAGUUAUGGUUAACAAUUUAACGAAUCAGUGCCGGGAUAAACAUCUUUAACACAUUUUAUAUUUCGUGUUUAAGAAUAUAUUAAAUGUCUUUAAACACAAACAAAUAUUUAAAUACAUAGGUACAAAAUUUUAAUAAUAUUUUUAAAAGUUUCUCCCUCUUAUUGUUCCUUAAAUUUGCAUAUACCUAGACAAAGGAAUAAUGAAGUAAUUCGUGAAAUCUUUAAGCCGAAAACCGCCUUUAGACAUUCCCAACUUUAUAAGUUAACAUUUUGUAAAGGAAAGAUUAUAAUUACCUGUUAUUAUAAUAAACCUUGUGAUUGGUUAUAGCGUUGAAUUUGAUUGGUAUUCAAUCAACGGUUAUUGGGACCGUGCAAGUUGCGCAAAGCGACACCUAUUUCUACGCUCUGCACUUUUAUUCGCACUUUUAAUUGUAUUGACCAAUUACGUUAGUCCUGGUUGCUGGAUAAUUGUCAAGGCCAUAGCCCAAAAAAUAAUAAGAAGAAAAAAUAAAAUUCGGGUUAUGUGAUGAAAAUGUAAACAAUUGUAUGUAGUAAAUAAAAUUAGUUAUUAAAAUGCAGUACUGCAAGCAAAAUACAAUUAAUUAAAUUUACCUUUAUAUAAUAAUUGCAUAUCAUAUCAAUAUUGUGGAGCAACAUAUAAUUUUUCUCCUUCAAUGACAGUACAUAUGAAAUGUACGUCAAUUUGACAAUUUAAAUUGACAAUAUGAAUUAUUUAAGAAAGUUGCAAUAUUUCUCCGCUAUUCGCGCACGAUCGUUUCACGUAUCCCCUCCAAGUACUUGCACACCGCGAAUAGUUGAAAAGAGGGAUGGCUUCAAAUAAUAUGAUAACACGAAUCUGAUACUGAUUCGUUAAAUUGAUAAACAUAAUUUCAUUUAUAACUGUAAUAGCAGUUAGUUUCCACGUUAACAAAAAUAAACAGAAUAAUUCAAUUUUUUUUUUUUUUUUUUUAUUUGUGACUUUAGCACUUAGCUAUUUAGCCAGAUACAACUUGAUAAUAAUUAAUACUAAUACAAAAAAAACUAUUAAACCUAAUACAAAUUAUUAAAAAGAAAAACAUAUUAUUCUAAUUUACUUAAUACUAAAUAAAAAAGUGUCUAUCUAUACCUACUAUUGCAAACAGAUCAAAAUAGUCAAAAGUAAAAAAAAACCUCUUAAAAAUUACUAAAAGACAUUACUAUAAAUAGGGAAAAGGAGGGAAAAUAAACAAUUGGGUAAAAAAAAGGUUAACGAGAUUGGCUAAAAUUGAUUACAGACAUACAUUUGUACUAUGUAUAAAUUUGAUUAGACAAUCAUAUACUCUUUUGUCAUUAGUAGCCAAUAGGUUAUUUAUUUGGUACGGAGGAAAUAUUUGCAGCGUUUGCAAGCUGCUUAAAAGAGUUCCUGUAUGCUGAAUAUAUUUGGAACAGUUAAAAAAGAUAUGAUUAAGAUCUCCUUGUUCUUGACAUGUUUCACAUAAGUCUGAAUUGUAAAUUUUGAUUUUAGCAAGAUGAGUAGGAUAACAAGCAUGACCAAAUCUCAAUCUUAUUAAGGUUGUUAUAUAUUUACGGAUGUUACUAAAUUUCUUAAACCAUCUCGAAUUUGGAAUUUGUGGUUGUAUAUAAAUAUAUUGUGUUGUUGAGUGGUUACAAAAAGUUUGCCAAUAAGUUUUCCAACGAUCUAUUUUAUUUCUUUUAGAGAUACAAAAAGUGUCAGGAAUACAAAUUCUCUCCUCUGGUACAAUUUCAGCUGAAGAGGUUAUUGCAGCUUUAGCUAAAGAAUCAACAUGCUCAUUAUAUUUUAUACCAACAUGAGCUUUUACCCAAAUAAAAUUAGUAGUUUUAUUUUUAUUUUUAAGCUUGACAAGCAUGUUCUUAAUUUGGUAAAUGAAAGGAUUAGAAUUAUAAUUGGGUAAUUUUGAAUUUUUGAGACAUAAUAAAACUGACAAUGAAUCGGAUAUUAUUAACACUGAAUUAUUGUUUAAACUAUCGAAAUAUAUCAAGGAUUCAAGAAUCGCAAUUGCUUCUGCACUAAAAAUUGAGCAAUUAGAAGGUAAUUUGAACAUUUUUUCUGUUGAUUUAGAUGGAAUGUAGAAAGCACAUCCGGUCCCUUCCGAUGUUUUGGAUGCAUCUGUAUAGAUCACAGUUGCUUUGGGCCAUUUGUCUAUACAGGAAUUCAAGAUGCAUGAAUCUAAUAAUGAACUAUUAUAAUAUGUAGGUAUAUGUAUAUCAGGUUCAUAAAAAAAUGCGAAAUAGUCGUUAGUAUCAAGGUUGUUGAUAUUGUUGAUAUACUUAGUGUUGCACAUGGUUCUAAAGGCUGUACACAGGGUUGGUGUAUUUUUAUGAGUCCAGUAACUGUUUGUUAGAUCAUCUGUGUUUAGUGAGCUUAUGCUAGAAUAUAAUGAAUUAUUGAUACAUGCAAUUUUCACAACAAAUUUUUCACUCAGAUAAUCUCUUCUAAAAUUCAAGGGAGGUUCUAAAGCUUCAACAUGCAGUGGUGCUAUUGGAGUAGACUUCAUUGCUCCCAUACAGAUACGUAGAACAGUACGUUGAAAUACAUCAAUUUUAUUUAAAAUUUGUUUACUUGCUGAUCCAUAAAGUAUACAUCCAUAGUCCAGAAUAGAUCUGAUGUAAGAUUUGUAAAAUAGUAAAGCUGUUUCUACAUCAGCUCCCCACCAAGUUUUAGAAAUGGAUUUUAAAAAGUUUAGACCUUUAUUGCUUUUGUCAAGCAUAUACUCGAUGUGUAAUUUCCAAGUUAGCUUUUGAUCUAGAAACAUGCCUAGAUACUUUAUUGACUUGCAGAAAUUUAAAGUUUGGCCAUUUAAUAAAAUAGUAUUUGUGUUAGGAAUAUUAUGUUGUGAAAAAAUACACACAUUAGAUUUACUAGUGGAUAAAUUAAAACCAUUUUCACAAAACCAUUUUGAGAAAUGUUCGUGUAAUUUUCUUAAGAUUGUAAGAGAGGGUUCAUAUUUUGUCCUUUCUGUAUAUAUGAGGAAGUCAUCCGCAUAUUGGAUUGUUUUGUAAGUAAUACUUGGUGCAUUAAGGCUAUGAAAAUCAGCCGUAUACAGAUUAAAAAGAAAAGGGCUUAAGACUGAUCCCUGAGGUAAUCCCCAACUAUUAUAACGUGGUCCAAGAAGUUCAUUUUUAUGGUUUCUAACGUAUAGGCGUCUAUCAGUGUAGAAAUUAAGAAUAGUUUGUGCUAGUUUUAUGGGUAUUUGAAACUGAUUGAUCAUUUUGUCUUUUAAUCGAGGUAAACACACACUGUCAUAAGCGCCUUCUAUAUCUAGUGAUAAAGUAGGCAAAUAAUUAUUUCUAGAAAAAUUACCCUGUAUGUCCGCUACAAGUGUAGCUAAAGCAUCUAAAGCUCCACAUCCUCGUCUGUAUCCAAAUUGAUUUUUUGGUAGUAACUUUUUAGUAUGGACCCACCAUUCUAGUCUGUUUUUUAACAUAAGUUCCAAAGUUUUAAAUACACACGAAAAAAGAGAAAUGGGUCGAUAAGAUUCGGCUGAAUUUGGAUCUUUUGUAGGCUUUAGAAUCGGAAUAACAAUUAUGUCUUUAAAAAUAUUUACGUCAGAAUUGUCUUGAACUAUACGAUUAAAAAGGUCCAAUAGAAAAUGUUUUGCUACUUCUGGAAGGUUUAAAAGCAUGGAGUAUUUGAUAUGAUCGUAUCCUGGACUAUUAUCUUUACGAUUAUUUAUAGCGAAAAUUAGUUCAUUGUAAGUAAAAGGUUUUAAGAGAAAAUGAUUUUUAUCAGCUGGGGUUGAUGCUAUGGAGCUGGGAAUUAUUUGAGGGUUCGCAGUUGGGGGUGCAACUUUAAUAAGAAAGUCAUCCAUCCAUUUCUGAUCUAAAGAUUUUAUGUUUGAUAGCGGUUUUCUGUAAAGUUUUUUAGCUUGAUUCCAAAGAGUUGUAGCGGAUGUAUUUUUAUUGAGCGAAGAGACCCAUUCAAUCCAAUGCUUUUUGGCUAUACUUUUUAAUGUUUUUUUGGUUCUAGCUGCAAUCUCCUGAUAUUGAACAUAAUUUUCAAAAUUACUUUUUUUCUUGUAAUUUAUUAGAGCCAAUUUUCGUUGUUUGAUAAUAUUGUCACAAUCAAUAUUCCACCAAGGAGGUGGGUGCCUUUUACAUUUAUAAGGUUUAUAUUGGGGUAUAGCUGCUCCCGCAGCCGUAUUUAUAUUAUUUAUGAAGAAGGAGUAUUUAUCAAUUAGAUUAUCCGAGUGAAAAUUGUUUGUAUCGUGUAAAUUUUGAAUAGUAGAGGUAUAUAACGCCCAAUUGGCUUUUUUAAUAUUCCAUUUAUUUUUAGGAGAUAUUUCAUUUUCAUUAAUUGCAAAAAGAAGUUCUAUAGAUAUGACAUAGUGAUUUGAUCCUAGAGUGUCAGGAAUGACAUUCCAAGAUGUCUUGUUAACCAAUUCAGGUGAACAAAAAGUUACAUCGACAGCCGAAUCUUGUUGAUCAGGACGUCUCAAAAUUGUAGGUUCGCCAUUAUUUUAAACUGUUAAAUUUAAAUCAUCUGCGACAUUUAUAAGUUGUGACCCUAUGGUAUCAUUAUUACGACAACCCCAUAUAGAGUGGUGUGCAUUAAAGUCACCACCUAUAAUUAAAGGACCCUCAAAUUGUUCAAAAAUUUUAGUCCAAUCGUCAUAUUUUGUUUGUAUUUUUGGAGGUUUAUAAAUAGAUAAAAAAUUUAACAAUAAAGUUCCAUAUUUAACUUGGAUAGCACACACUAAAAUAUUUUCAUUGUAAUUUAUAUUGAUUUUAUGUUCAACAAAACGAAGAGAUUUGUGUACCAAAAUUGCCACACCAGCGUAGCCAUCGUUUCUGUCAUUGCGGACUAUAUUGUAACCACUAAAACUAUAUUUUUGAUUUCUUUUGAACCAAGUUUCACUUAUAAUAGCAAUGUCAAUAUUUUUAUCAUAAAGAAAUUGUACCAGACUAUUUUUGUUAGCUAUAGCAGAACGUGCAUUCCAUUGCAUUAUAUUUAAAUUGCGUGUUUUGGGCAUUUUAUUGGUUUUUCAAAGUAUCCUCCAAUACCUGUUCUAUGCUACUUGUAAUUAAUUUAAUAUCAAUAGGUUGUCUAUUGUUACUUGAAAGAAUUUUAUUUAAAAAAUCCACGAUAAAAAUGGAUAGGUUGCUAGCUAUACUACUCUUCUUGGUUUCCAAACAAGCGUAGUUUGGUUUAUUUGAAUUUAUCGGCAAAGGUUGUGAAGGUCCAAAGGAGAAUGGAAAUAAUGGUUCGUGGAUAGGUGACUGGAUAGUGGGAGAGUUUGAUUUUCUCUUCUUUUUCAUUGGAGGACUAAAGCUUACAGGAUUGGGUUGGGAAAGGAAAUUAUUUUGAUUGCAAUUGGUAUUUUUAGGAAUUUGAUUAGGUUGUGAUAAUGACAUACGAUGGUUGUUAGGAAGAACUGGAAAAUUUUGGUCAUAAUUUGUUAGCGGUGAAAAAGAGUUGUGACUUACUAGACUGGAUAAGGAGUUUUCAGAAAUUUCUUUAGCUUCUUUAAAGGAGGUUUUUUGCUGUAUCAUUAUAUUUUUAAUUUUUUUUUGAUUAUCGUAAGAGGGACACUUUUUUGAGAUAGAAACAUGAUCUUUGCUUUUACAGUGUAUACAAAAAGUUAAAUUUUUAUCACAAUUAUGUUUAUCGUCUUUAAUUUCUCCACAAUUGAUACACUUUUCUUCAGUACUGUUACACUGCUUAGAUACAUGCCCAAAUUUAAAACAUUUGAAGCAUUGGGUCACUCUUCCUACAAAUUGUUCGACAGGAAAAAAGACUAUUAAAAGCUACUCGAUCAGGUAAAAUAUUCCCCUCAAAAGUAACAACAAUAGUUUUUUUUGGUACAAAUUCAACUGUUCUGUCUUCUUUUUGGACUUUUCUAUUUAAUCUGUAGAUAUUAGUGACGCGUGAGUGUGAUUCUAUAUUUUCCAUAAGAUAGUUGAUAUCGUAACGAGUAUCAACAUCUCUUACUAACCCUUUAAUUUCAAGUAAGUGAUUUGGAAUAAAUGCUUUUAAAUUUUCUGACUUUAGGAGGGGAUGUUUAACUAAAUUAUUUGCUUCUAAUAAUGAUUUUAAUAAAACCUUAAUCCGGUUUCGGCCUAUACUCUUAAUUUCCAAAAUGUUAUUAAGUUUAAAUUUUUUAAAAAGGAUAUGGGCAACUGUCAUUGCAUGCAAUUUUCCUACAUUAUUUUCAGUGCUUUCUAUGUAUACCCAAAUAUUUUGUACAUUGUACUUAUCUGAAAGAAUAUUGAAAGUUUUCGGUUCCAACUGCUUUGUUUUCUGGAGGUUACUAUCACUUGGAUUAUUACUAGUAACACUUGAAAUUAAAAUACUGUUAUCCAUAUCAGCAUCUGUCGUCACAAAAGACGUCGGUUGUGUAGUUUUGUCCCCCAUCGGGGACCGAUAUUUAUUAGUUGUCAGAAUACACUUGUCUUCUUAAUUGACUUUUCACUAAAAUUUUAAAGUUUAUCUAUAUAAAUAGGUAUACAAUUUUAUUCACUGACAAAAACUGUUACUUUUUCAACUCGUAUGAAAGUUUAAAUAAUACUUUUUGAGGUAAAAAUGUUAAUUUUUACUAAGAGUAGAUUUUACUUCGUACUAUCAGUUUGAAGUUUAAAACGUCGAAUAAUUCAAUUUGGCUGUUACGAAUUGUUCGUUAGGAAUUUGUAUAGUUACGAACUGUCACCGUUACGAACUGUCAUCAUCAUCAUCAUCAUCAGUAGCUCGACAACCCUUUUUGGGGUCCUGGCUUGUUCUAGGAUUUUCCGCCAUUCUGUUCUGUUCCUUGCUUUGUUCUUCAAUCGUUACGAACUGUCGCUGUUACCAUUUGUCCGGUUACGAACACAAGAUGUCAUGGAACCUGCAAAUCUAUGUAUAAAAAUAUGUUUUUUGUGAAAAAGUACAAAAUAAAGCGGUUUUUGAACACCUGUAUUAAGCAA